GGGCACCUGCACCGAGAGGUGGGCGCGCCGGCGAAAAGGCACCAGGACCCAGCGUAGGGCUCUAAGCCGCACCAGCAAGGCAACGCCACGCUUACCCCAGGCCCCGUGGACAUCGGGCAAGCACUUCAUCUCCAGUCAUGGGGUCGGCAGCGCUGGAAAUCCUGGGUCUGGUGCUGUGCCUGGUAGGCUGGGUUGGCCUGAUUUUGGCGUGCGGGCUGCCUAUGUGGCAGGUGACUGCCUUUCUGGACCACAAUAUCGUGACAGCGCAGACCACCUGGAAGGGGUUGUGGAUGUCGUGCGUGGUGCAGAGUACGGGCCACAUGCAGUGCAAGGUGUAUGAGUCGGUGCUGGCGCUGAGCGCAGAGGUACAGGCGGCGCGAGCGCUCACCGUGGGCGCUGUGCUCCUGGCGCUCGUUGCGCUCUUCGUGACCCUGGCGGGGGCCCAGUGCACCACCUGCGUGGCCCCCGGCCCAGGCAAGGCGCGUGUAGCCCUCACCGGGGGCGCGCUCUACGCUCUCUGCGGGCUGCUGGCGCUCAUUCCGCUUUGCUGGUUCGCCAACAUCGUGGUGCGCGAGUUCUACGACCCUACGGUGCCCGUGUCGCAGAAGUACGAGCUGGGCGCUGCGCUCUACAUCGGCUGGGCGGCCUCGGCGCUGCUCAUGUGCGGCGGUGGCCUCGUGUGUUGCGGCUCCUGGGUUUUCGCUGGCCGCCCCAACCUCAGCUUCCCGGUGAAGUACUCGGCCCCGCGUCGGCCGGCAGCGGCCAGCGGCGACUACGACAAGAAGAACUACGUUUGAGAGUGGGCAGACCCCUCUGGGCAGGCAGCCAGGCCGGAGAACCUAAGGACCGGCGUGGGGAGUCCACGUGGAAGGUAGUCUUGAAUGGGUUGCGCCACGCAGGAGCCCGCGGAACGCCGGGCUUUGCGCGCAAAUACCGCCCGGGGACCAGCCCCUGCUCUCGCUGUAUCCCGCAGUACUCUCUCGACCUGUGACCAUCCAGCCGCUGCUCUGAACAGAUGAAGGGCGCUUUCGAGGACUUCAUCGGCUUUCCUUCUGUGAGCAGCGGU